CAGACUUUAUCAGUGUGCACACUGGAUUCAUAGAUGCUCUGGCAAUAGUGCAGUCGAAUGAGAAAAAUGCAGUGAACUUUUCUGAUAAUUUUGUUAGCCCAUCAAACCUAACAUAAGCUCAUCGAGGCUUGUAAGGCAAACGUCAUCACCUGCGAGUGACUUCCCUUAGUUGUGAUAAACAAAGCCGCCAGUUUCGUGAGCAUCGAAAACAAUAACAUCGAACUUGUAUUACACGUCCGUUCUGUAACCAAGUCUGUGACUAUAACUAAAGGCCAAGACAGCUUUGAGAUAGUAUUUUUUUAAAUCUGAAUGAGCCCUAUGCUAAAAUCUGGGGAAAAGUAGCUCGCCGAGACUAACAGUGGAUCACUUCGCAAGAGGCUGCAUUAUGCUUGGCAGACAGCAAUCCACCUAUAUAGACGUCCAUGUUUACCCCAAAGGUCGGACGAAAGAAGUGCUGAUCAAUCCAGAAGUGGCGGCGGUGACCCUCAACCUUCUGGUACUCAUCGUCUCCCUCAAAAACAGGAAGCUGCUGAAUCAUGCUGACGCUUUCAUCGUCUCUUUGGCGGCUUCCGACCUGGGUCAUCCUCUUCUCGGUUAUCCAAUGGUCAUCGCAUCCUCGUUUCAUCAUCGGUGGAUUUUUGGCUACACAUGGUGUCAGGUGAACGGCUUUCUGGGCUUCCUCUUCGGUACCAACAGCAUGAUGACUCUGGCCUGCAUGAGCUUCAGCAGGCUGCUGUCCGUCACGCGCCCAAGCACAGCUCGUCACAGAGGGAAAUGCCUGACUUUCACCUUCCUCAUCUUUGCCAUCCUCUACGCCAUCUUCUGGUCCACGUGUCCGCUGUUGGGGUGGGGGCGCUACGACCUUGAACCCUACCGCACUUCCUGUACGCUUCAGUGGGACUUUCCAGACUCCUCGUUUGUAACGGCGAGCUUCAUUGGCUGCCUGGCUGUGCCGGCCGGGGUCAUGUGCGUGAGCUACGGUCAGAUCACGGCAUUGGCGUGGCAAACUGGAAAGAACCAAAGAAGGUGGAAUCAAAGAAAGUCGGACAAGACGUUGAACAAGCAAGAACUACGACUCCUCAAGAUGACAGUAGCGAUGUGUACGGUGUUCAUUGUCGUUUGGACCCCUUACGCCAUUUCCGCUAUGAUCAAGUCGUAUUCUCGAACAGUCCACAUUCCGAUUCCGCUCACUGCAGUUCCGGCCAUGGCUGCCAAGUGCUCACAUGUCAUCGACCCCAUUCUGUACUUCACUCUGAACAAAAGGUUUCGACGUUUUCUGCCAGGACUGAAUAAAAAAGAAUGCACCAUAGAGACAGGCAUCACUCUGCAGGUGAACAACCCCCUGCGUGGGAAGGAAAUCACGAAAGUUACAUCUCUUUUUCACGAAACGAACUUUGAAAAGUCCAAAUCCCCUAAACUGUGUGAUGCUGUAAACCUCAAGUGUCUCCAGAGAAAUGAAACUGAAGACUUCUCAUUCCAGAUUCGAAUCUCGGCAGAGGAAAGUUUUAUGCUGAACAAUUAACACAUCAAUAUUACUCCGUCUGUGUCUGUAAAUUAAUUCAACUUUAAAAACGAGUUUUAGUCAUGGAACAAGGGGAAAAGACUCGUUUGUGAAAUCGAGAAACUGGACAAAUUAUAUUGUUAACUCUAUAUUGUUAUCUUGUUUGUUGAGUGGAUCGAAGAGAAGGCGAACCACAUGUGAUUCGUCAAACCAGUUUAAAUAUCAUAACAUAAAUUAUACAUAAUAUUGCCCAACAAAAUUCAAACUCAGCUUCAAACGCUUGAUCUUGUUUCUCACAAAUUUUCUUUUUAAUCAGAGAAAACAAACAAAAUGCGAAAUGUGACUUGUGAAAACUAUAGCAGCAGACGAUGGACGCCUCUGGUGUUAACGAGGUGUGAUAGUUGGUAUCAGAGUUGUCUUUCACUUUCAGAAUCUUUAUUUUCCAAAAUGUCGAUGUGCAGUUUCUUUAUCGUUCUGUUUCGUAGAAACAAAUGCCUGCUUACCUCGGAUCCAUUUCUCCAUUUUUAACCGCUUGAUCACUUCAAGUCAAAUAAAUAUAAGUUUAGAUAUGUGUGACCUGAUUUUACAGAAAUAGUCAAACUUUUCUGGCAGACUUACGCAACAAAGUAUGUACAGACUACCAGAAGUUUCAUUUCAUAUGUAAUACGUAUAUAAUGAAUAUAAUAUCAACAACGAAAAUGAAAAACUAACACAGAUGUUAUGGGCAUUUAUUAUUGCAUGUUCAUUUGUUGCCUGUCUUAUUUGCUUGAUUUUAUGUGUAAGAUGUUCUUUUUCCUUUCUUGAAAUCUGUUUAAUGAUCUUGAUUUUUAUUUUGUUCUUUUUUAAAUUUUGUUGAAUGUGCUGUAACUAUGGAGGGUGCAAGUCUGGCGUAUGCUUGAGCUAGAAAGCUUGCUAUCAAUACUUGUACCUGGGAUCAGGGGUCCUGCGUGCCUCAAUUUUGAAACUGUUUGGAACUAAAUAGUUCCUACUUCUGAAAGAAAUAUUUAGAGUACACUGUAAACUUCCUUAAUUUUUAGAGAAGAUUUACACUGUUUGUGCUUCAGCCAUACUACAGAAAGAACCGCUCACAAACCUUUCGCACAUAUCUAUUACAUACAGGUCUAUAUGGUACGUCGACGAACCAGUUUCCCUGAUGUCCAGAAACCGGUUUGAUUAAGCGACUUUGUGAAACCGGUUUGAGAACGUGAACUACAUGUCAUCUCGAGAAAUUGACAUUUUUAUACCUUCUACUUUUACCACCAAUUAACGAUGCUUAAUGAAUUGUGUUUGUCUCAAAAUUAAAUUGAUAACCAAACGUUAAGAUUUAUCUAGAAAUUGUGGUAUGGCUUACAACAGAGUUACAAAACAUUUAAAGAGAAAAAAAACAACAGCUAAAUACAUUGCAACACAGACUGUACCUGUAGUAAGUGUUCUCUGUGAAUUUUCAGUGGACAUGAUGUAAUGACCAAUGAUUAGGCGCCUCCAUGUAAGGUCAAACGUAUUUGUGGAACACACUCCCUCUUCUUUGUCUUCUCUCUCUCGCUCAUUCACUCUCUUUGUGUGUCAGAGCAUGUUUACAUUGUGAAGGCUUUAUCACUUACUGUACAUUGUAAAUACUCGCGACAAUGUCAUGUAGAUGAUUGUUUAUGAUCUUCCAUGUACAAACCACACAUUACAUAUUUCCAUUAUUUUUCAUGCUCAACGCAGCCAGUGCAAUUGUUAAAUAUGGAUGACUUGACCCUUGAUGUGAUGAAAACAAUGGUGUUAUCAAUAAAAAGGUCAAUGGUCAGUGCUCUCUCGGUCUCGCUCUCUUUGGUGAUUUCCAGUAACUAUGACUCUUUUGUGGCUGCGCCUAGUUAGAAACAAUGAUCACUUGCAGAUGAAUAUUUAAAAAAAUUGUUUACACCUAUGUUUGUUUUUAUUUUUACCUGUGAUAGUUUCCGUGAAGAGAGGGAAGCGUAGAGACACGCCGCCAUGUUGAAAAGACAUGUUCUUGGCCACGACUUAGCGCCCACUAUGGAUAAAUAUGUGUGCGAAAUGUAUUCAUUAAAGUCUUUUAAUAUCAUUGUUAUAAAACCCGGUCAAGAGCAUAAUGUCUUGAACCCGCCAUUGUUGUACAAUACCAUCUAGAACACACGGCGUCAUGGCUUACUAUA